UGUAGUCCUAAAACAAAAAUGGCAGCGCCAACGCCGGAGGAAUUGUCGAGCACACACGUGGAGAAAAAGAGCAAGCAAAAGCUUUCAAAACGCUAUUGGGAGGAAACAAAAAACACAGAGCAGAGGAAACCCGAGGAAGAACCGAGUAAAGAUGUGCAGAACCAGAAUGAAGCACCGGUAAAAGAAAGGGCAUCAAAAAGGAAGAAAGGUGAAAGUGUCCAACCAGUGAAAGAGGACCCUUUUCCUGGUCAGGCUCUGAUACCAACAGAACGACUCCAGAAGUUUCGAAGAGGAGAGAAACACAAAACGCCCGCAGGAGCCAGGAGAAAGCUGAAAGAGGCCAUUGUGUUCUCGGAGUCCGUGUCUGAACUCGCUCAGAAACAGGCCGCACGAUACGAUCUCCUACUUCCAGAGGAUGCUGGCUUCCUGGAAGGAGACGAGGGUGAAGACACGAGUACGAUCUCUCAAGAUGACAUCGCGGAUGCUGUUGACAUCACUUCUGGAUCAAAGUACUUCAACCUGCAUCUUUCCCAGUUUGGGCCGUAUAGGCUUGACUACAGCAGAAAUGGACGGCAUCUGCUGUUGGGUGGAAGGAAGGGUCAUGUGGCCUGCGUCGACUGGCAGUCCAAAGACCUGAUGUGCGAGAUGAAUGUCAUGGAGACGGUGAAUGACGUCAAGUGGCUUCAUACGGAGGCCAUGUUUGCUGUGGCACAGAAGAAAUGGCUCUACAUCUAUGACUCUAAAGGUGUGGAGCUGCACUGCGUGAAGAAGUUCAAUGACGUCUUGAAAAUGCAGUUUCUGCCCUACCACUUCCUACUCGCCACUGCGAGUGCCACCGGGUUUCUGCAGUAUCUGGAUGUGUCGGUCGGUAAAGAGGUCGCAGCCAUCGGCACAAAACUGGGCCGUCUAGAUGUGAUGGCGCAGAAUCCCUAUAACGCAGUGGUUCACUUGGGUCACCCGAACGGGACCGUCAGUCUGUGGUCGCCCAAUCAGAGAGAGCCGCUUGUGAAGAUGCUGUGUCAUCGGGGUGCUGUGCGUUCCUUAGCCGUGGAUAAAACCGGCAUGCACAUGGUGACGUCAGGUCUGGACCGGAAGCUAAAGGUGUAUGACAUCCGAGCGUUUAAACCCCUUCACUCCUGUUUUCUCCCUGCUGGAGCCUCUUGCCUGUCUCUGAGCCAGAAAGGACUGCUAAGUGCUGCUACUGGAGAUGUUGUACAGGUUUAUAAGAACGCUUGUGGAAGCAGUACUUUAUCCAAACCCUACAUGGCCCACCGCCUUCGAGGGCAGGUUUGUGGAUUUGCGUACUGUCCGUUUGAGGAUGUUCUGGGAAUCGGACAUGAACAGGGCUUCACCAGCAUGAUUGUACCAGGUGCAGGAGAACCGAACUUUGAUGCGCUGGACACAAACCCGUACCGCAGCUUUAAGCAGAGACAGGAGUGGGAGGUCAAGGCCCUGCUGGAGAAGGUGCAGCCUGAGCUGAUCGGCUUGGACCCGGGGCAGCUGGGUAAAGUGGACCAGGCCAGCUUUGAGCAGAGGCACAAGGAACGGGUUGAGGCGUUGGGCUUUGAUCCAUUGGCAAAAGAGAAGUUUAAGCCCAUAAAAAAGAAGAAGGGAAGAAGUUCGGCUGGUUCUGUGGAGAAAAGAAAGAGGAAAGUCGCCCAUGAGGAUCAGAGGGAUGUAAUUCGACAAUCCGUACAAGAGAAAAUGGACAAACAGAAAGAGCUGGAAGAAAAGUCCAAGGAGAAGAAAGUGUCGGGAAUGAAGAAGACUCUUGACCGUUUCAGGAAGUAGAGCAACGGUGACCGCUGUGAACAUGAGGACUAAUGCAAAGGAGAAUACAGUAUUCAGAAGACAUUUUUAUAACAAAACCUCUGGCGGUCUUUUCUACUGUUCCUUGAUUGCGUGCAAAACAAAGCUAUUUGCUUGUUUAAUAAAAUGCCUAGAAUAUCUAUAAGAA